AGCGCACCAAAUAGGUAUUAAAGAGUUAUGUUGUACUGUUGCCAUGCUCGAUUGGUUCGAUCUCGAGGUACCGUGCAAUUGAGCACUCUGAUCCGUGUCGAAUGGCGCUCAGAGUUGUUAGCCUUAGGACUUCACGCUGCCCCACGAUGUCAGCCGGUUGCAGUACGUUCUCAACAUGCCGUACGGAGUUUGGAGUUUGGAGUUUGGAGUUUAGAGUUUGUAGAUCAAGAAUCGGAGGCAUACAAGAGGGCCGUUCCCCUCUGCUCUACUCGAUUAAACCCACGCACCCUUUCUUCGAUUUGCACACACUCAAACCACCAACAUGGUCAAGACAUUCCAGUUCCAAGACCGUACAGUCAACUACCCAGGCUUUGGUGCCAUGGGCCUCAGCUUUGGUCUGGGAACCAACCUCACACCGGAGCAGGCCGAGCCCAUUCUCCUCAGGGCCAUUGAGCUGGGUUGCACCUUCUGGGACACUGCAGUAGUCUACGCAGCUGGCAUCAAUGAGAAGCUGCUUGGCGAUUUCAUCAGGAAGCACAAUGUCCGUGACAAAGUCUUCCUCGCCUCGAAAUGCGGUUUGCAGUGCUUCGACGGCAAAUCAGGCGUCACGAACUCCGCUAGCCACAUCAAGGAGUACAUUGAAGGCACAAUUGAGCGACUCGGCUUCACGCCCGACCUGUACUACCUACACCGUAUCGACCCUAACACGCCACUCUCAGAGUCCAUCCCGGCGCUUGAUGAGAUUCGCAAGGCGGGCAAAACAAAGUACAUCGGUCUGUCUGAGUGCUCAGCAGCGACUCUGCGCAAGGCCCACGCGAUCGCCAAGAUCGACGCUGUGCAAGCCGAAUACUCUGCCUUUGAGACACUGCAUGAAACUGACGGUCUUAUCGAUGCGGCAAAAGAACUCGGCGUUGCGUAUGUUGCUUACAGCCCUCUGGGCCACGGGUGGCUGGUCGACAACUUCGACUACGCCUCGCCUGACGAUUUUGCCCCAGACGACUUUCGCCGGACUGUGCCGAAGUUUCAGGGCGAGAACUUCUACAAGAACAAGGCCAUCGUCGAGGAGAUCAAGGCUUUGGCGCAAAAGAAGGGCUGCACAACACCGCAGAUUGCGCUAGCUUGGGUAGCAGCGCAAGGUAUGAUGGCAAUUCCAGGAACAACCAAGAAGACCAGACUAGAAGAGAACUGGGCGAGUCGCGACGUAGAAUUGACAGAGGACGAGAAGAAGGAGAUGAGGAGGAUUGUGGACGCAGCAAAGCCCACCGGGAACAGGUACUCGGAGAUGCAUCAGACUAUGGUUGGGCAUUAAGCACUGUAAUUAUUGCAUAGUGUAAUGAUGAGACGAAUACACUAUGAUGAUGACGGCAAAGGAAGAAAUGGUCCACGUGACGACUUCGGCGCGCCCG